GUCGAGGGCACGGCCGUGCUUUGGUUUUGCCCGCCCGUGUUUUGUCCCGUGUUAAAAACACGCCCGCGUCGGCCAAAACACGGUCGUGGCUAAAUAUGGACACGGCCGUGUUUUGCUUUAGGCGCGCCCGUGUUUUGCCUUUCCAUCAGUUCAGCUCUCGACAAUAAAAACACUAGCGUGCCUGUUUGUGUACACGACCGUGUUUUGGUUUAGGCCAGCCCGUGCUUUGGCCCCAGCUCGACCGAAUGACUUCCCAAUGCCCCGAAACUUGUGCUUAGCCUUUCCUUCGACGUCCGGACCUGAAAUAUGACAAAGUAGCACAACCCGGCGUAAAACGGGCCAAAAAUACACGACUACUAGCCGCAAACGGGUAAGAACUAAGAAUGCAAACAUGUGCAAAUACAUCGUUAUCAUGUUUUGAUGAAGAAUAUUUACAAACUUGCUCAAGAGUUUAUCCUCUAGACUUUGAAGGCUAUGAGAUGCAUUCUUUGGAGAAUGCACUACUCAUGUGAGGAUGAAGUUUCUUCUCUUGCAAAAUUAGUAGAAAAGCUGGAGGAAACAGGGAUAGACACAUAAUACAAAUUGAUUUGUCGGUUGAUUUGUCUAGUGUUGACCUAGUCGUUUCAACAACUACCAUGAAGAGAAUAUUUUCAGCAAUGGAACAUGAACAUUGAUUUGUGCAACAAAAUGAGCGAUGAAUUUAUCGUUGAUUACUAAGCUAUUUUCUUUGAAAAAGAGUAUAUUAUCAGUAUGGAUGGAGAUUAUAUUAUUGAUGAAUUUGCUAAAUUAAAAUACCUUCUUGUACAGUUGGUAUUGUAAUGAAAACUAUAUUAUUAUAUAUUUUUGUUUAUGGUAUCUAAUAUUCUAUUCAAAUACGGCCCAGUGCUCUCUUAUGUCCCGGAUCCGCCGUUGUUCCUCGCGCAUUGUUCCUCUCUUCGGAAACGGAGGAAAAUGUUUUGGAAUUCCAACUAUCCUUCCCCUUUUCCCCUUCCCCUCCUUUUCCACUCUUAAAAAACAUAGGGUUAAUCUUUACUGCACAAGUACAAAGGACAACCACAGCCCCAGCUCGAACCAGAAGAAUAAUAGCGCUCCAAGGGGGAGCAGAUAUGGUGACAACACCAUAUUUGUUGUUAUUAUAACAACACUAGUCUCCAACCAAUAGGAAGCUAGGAUUGUGAUGACUUUUUAUUGGUUUAGUUAACCUAGUGUAAAAUCAAAACAUGGGUAUAAUUGUCAUUAUGAAAAAUAUGCUUAAAUAAUAAUAAAAAAUAAAAAUAAUUUUUUUAUUUUUUGUCCAAAAUUUUGGUCGCCGGAAUUAUGCCACUGGUCACCGGUCACCAUAAUAUGCUUUUUGUCGCCGGAAUAUGCUAUUUUGUCAUAGGAAUAUGCUCAUCGUCACCAGAAUAUGCUUACCGGCGUCGGAAUCUAGUCAUCGGGGCCGGAAUAUGCCUAUUGGCGCCGGAAUCUACCCACUGACGGUCAUCAGAGUUUGGUCAACGACCACCGGAUAUAAUGGUUUGCAUUGUGAGGUUGAUGGUUUGGUUUCUCGUGUUUUUUUAUGCUAUUUGUGGUUUGGUUUAUCGUGUUACUGGUUUGCAUUAAGAAGUUUCUGGUGUGUUCUAAAAAAUUUUGUGGUUUGCUUUGCGGGGUUUCUGGUUUGUUUUAAUAGAUUUGUGGUAUGCAUCAGGACAUUUCUGGUUUGUUUUUGUGGUUUGCUUUACCGUGUUUGUGGUUUGCAUUAGAAGGUUUCUCGUGUGCUUUCGCAAAUGUUGUGGUUUGCUUUGUGAGGUUUGUGGUUUGUUUUAUGAUAUUUGUGGUAUGCAUUAGGAGGUUUCUGGUUUGCAUUAAGAAGUUUAUGGUGUGCUUUCGAAAAAUUUAUGGUUUGAUUUGCGAGAUUUCUGGUUUGUUUUAAUGGAUUUGUGGUCUGCAUUAGGACGUUUAUGAUUUAUUUUUUUGUGGUUUGCUUUAACGUGUUUGUGGGAUGCGUUAGGAUGAUUACUCAAAAUUGAGUAAUCACCAUGGCUACUAAAAUCUAGACCCUUCAUUAUCUAUAUUUUACUCUAAUUUUAAAUUGACAGUAAAGAUUAGAUUAAGAGUAAUUUUGAGAAUAAAAAAAAUAUUGCACCUGAUUUCUAUCCGUUAAAAAAUUAAUUCCUAUAUAUUAUACCUAAACCUACUCCAACCCUAUUCUAUAUCGCCGUCAACACCUAUCCUGCCCUCUCACUGCCAGCAACCACCCUCCCUCCGGCUACCCUCGCCCACAUUUGCGGGCAACCUCCCUCUCUCUCUCUCUCUCUCUCUCUCUCUCUCUCUUUCUCUCUCUCUCUCUCUCUCUCAGAUGGCGGUGGAGGGGUUAGAUGGUGAUGUCGGCAAUCUGCUCCGGCCGAGGCCAGCCUUCCCCCUCCCUCUCUCUCCAAACCUCCUGAUCCCCUCCCUCUCUAUAUUUGCUCCGGCCAACCUUCUGCACGCCUGCUUGUGCCAGUUGGGGAUUGGUAUGUAUUUUUGGGGGAUUGGUAUAUAUAUAUUUUUUUAUUGUUUUGUUUUGGUAUUGAUUUUGUCGCAUUGGUAUUAUUUUUGUCGCAAUGGUAUUGUUUUUAUCGUAUUGGUAUUGAUUUUGUCGCAAUGGUAUUAUUAUUGUCGCAAUGCAAUGGUAUUGUUUUUGUAGCAUUUGUAUUAUUUUUGUCACAAUGGUAUUGUUUUUAUCGCAUUGAUAUUGAUUUUGUCGCAAUGGUAUUAUUUUUGUCGCAUUGGUAUUGUUUUUGUCGCAUUGGUAUUGGUUUUUUGUGAAAUGGUAGUGUUUUCAUUUCUCGAAUGGUAUUGGUGUUUUGUGCAAUGGUAGUGUUUCGUAAUGGAUCGGUAUUGUUUUAUUGUUGCAGCGAUAUUAGUUCGACAGAACGAAAUCAAUGGAAAGAUUGAGAAAAAGAAGGAAGAGGCAUCUGGCUGAAGAUUGUGAAAGUGAGAGAAAGAGAGAGAAAAUUAUAGUUAAUAUAAUUUUUUAAUUUCCUAAAAUGUAUUUCAUUAAAAAAGGUAAUUAAUAAAUUUUUUGUCAUACCCAAUCUGCCCUUAGUAACCACGAUGAUUACUAAUUUAUAGUAAUCAUCGUAACCUGUCCCACGUGUUUGUGGUUUGCAUUAUGAGGUUUCUGGUGUGCUUUCAAAAUAUUUGUGGUUUGGUUUGUGGGGUUUCUGGUUUGUUUUAGGGAAUUUGAGGUAUGCAUAGAGAGGUUUCUGGUAUGCAUUUUGUGGUUUGUUUACCGUGUUUGUGGUCUGCACAUGAAAUAUUUGUGGUAUGCUUUGUGAGCUUUCUGGUAUGUUUUAGAAGAUUUUUGGUGUGGCUAUCAAAUAGUUAUGGCUUGCUUUUUGCUUCAGUCAGACUUCAUUAAAAACCAUUCUUAAACACUUUAAACAAUAAUUAGCAAUUCCUAGCAUUGGCUUUCUUUUAUGUUCAAUUAUCUCCAACUUUUUUCACUUCUAUUCUUAACAUAUCUGGCCAUCUCACUUUCACAGCCUAAAAGUACUUAACAAACAUACUAAAGGUUUCAAUUUGAUGCUUAAGAGUUCUUGGAGUUCUCUCUGCGACCUAACAGAAAGCGAAGGGAAAAGAGAGGUUACGGGCCAUGACGGCAUAGAGAGAGCUUUCUCCGCAACUAUCGCAUAGAACUUCGUCGAAGUCCAACGCAUAGAGAUCCCCCAUUAUAUUGAUUUUUUCUUCUCUGUUUCUGCUCCUGUGUUUUGAAGAUUGGGCGAUUUGUCAUUAAUAAGCCUUCUUGUAGAUGAGAGGAAUUGCGGAGCCUUAUGCAAUUUCUGGCAAUGGCCGACAUGCAGUGGACUUCGACUUGUAUGCCGUGGCCAUCAUCUGCCUUCUAAAUCCUGGUAAUCAUCCUCAUCGCCACCAUUCUCUGCCUCCUCCUCUACGACCGUCGUCGCAGGCCACUCCGACCAGCUGGCGCGGAACCCCCUCCUCGGUCACCAGCAGGAAAGUCCCCGCCGGUCGUGAGGUUCGUGCAACGCCAGGCCUUCCACGUCAGCAACAUCGCCGUCGCGACCCACAGACGAAGCAUUUGCAGUUCCUGCGAGACGACGUGGAGAGGUUCGAAGGUUCAUAUUGGUCGGCGCCGACGCCGGGGAGAGUAUUGGAGGAGAAGGAGUCGACAAGAAAGAAAGAUCUACGAGAGGAAGAAGAUCGAGAGAUGGCUGCAGCUGAAUAUUGUUUUUUUAAUUUAUUAGAUAUUGUGUUAAUGGAUCCUUUACCCUUGUUGUUACUAUAACAACAAAGGAGGUGUUGUUAUAGUAUCCACAUUCCACACCCCUCCAAGGGAAAAGAGAAGUCGAAUUGGGCCUACACUAGCCCAAUCUUUAACGUAUUCGUUGCAUUGAACCCAACCCUAUAGAGUGACCGUCAGAUUUGGGUAACGGGAACCCGAAUGGCGUCCCCUUUAACCUGGUUUUGCUUAAACAAAUAUCACCACCGCCCCGUCCUAUAACCUCUUCCGUGAGAAACCAACCACCGCCCCGUUUCUUUCCCUGCGUUCACGACCAGCAGCGUCGCCAUAUCCUUUGAACUUGAAAUAGGAGGCAGAAGGAAUCGUUUCUAGCCUUCGAACAAGAGGAAACAUGUGAGUUAUACUAUCAAUCCGUGCAGCACUUUGAUGAUUCAUCCCUCCCCUUCUGGCCCGUUGUAUCCCUACUUCCCUGUUGUCGGCUACCUUUUAUACUUGUUGUGUUCUUCCGAGCAUUACUUCAUUUUUUUCAAGCCCUAGCUUUUAUGUGUGGCAGUUUUCCUUUCUAUGAGGAGCAUGCUUGCUUGAAUGAGAUGUUAUUUCAGUUCGAAACUAAUUUGACGCUUGGAAUUAAACUAUAAACCGAGU